GGGGAAAUACAAAUCUAAUGAUUCAUCACCAACAUGACAGAAAAUGCUAACUCCAAGGAACUAGUACCAGUAGAGAAAGCAGAAGACAACAGCAAAGCUACAGAAAAUGCCAACCCUCCUGUAACAGUUGAAGAAGGAGCAGCAAAAGCAGCUAAAGAUCAGGUGGUGGCCAUUGAAGAAAACAACAACAAAAUUAACAAUAUGUCUGCAGCAGAGAAACCAGGACAAGGAAAGCAUUUGGCAGGCUUGUCAACCGUUCUCACAUUCAUUCUUUCCCUUCCUAUACUCGCCUCGGUUGUGUGGCUGUUUUACAUGAGAAAUUACGAAUGCGAAAGCUUGCUCAGACUGCCUAAGCUGCAGUUCGGUAUAGGAAUCGGUUUGAUUGCCAUCUUCGUGAUUAGCAACGGUUUCGUGUUCUUGAGGGCUCGGUUUCCAAUGCCUGGACUUCUUGUGGUCAUGGUUCCAUUGCUUGUGAUGCUCACCAUGGGACUUGCUCUUGUUGGAGCGUACAAGAUGGAGAGCAGGAGCAUUGUUGGUUCGCCAAUGUGGCUGAAAUCGAAAAUCUACGACGACGACAUUUGGAACGAUAUCGAAACAUGUCUCUAUGAUAAUGGAGCAUGCAGGGAUUUGGUGUUCAGAUCGUUGACAGUCAAAUCCUAUAGUUUUCCCUCCACAAAAUUAUCAUAUCUUGAGCAUGGAUGCUGCAGACCACCAACAACGUGUGGAAUGGUUUAUGUGAAUGCGACAUAUUGGGAAAAGAGAAGGAGAACGGUGGAUGGAUCAUAUCCGUACGAUGCCGACUGUGAUUUGUGGGAAAACGACCCAAACGUAAUGUGCUACAACUGCAAUUCUUGUAAACGAGGAUUUUAUCUGACUUUGAAGAGCAAAUGGUGGAAACUUGGCAUCUUCCUCUUUUUCAUGGCCUUGCUGCUUAUUGUUUCUCAUUUGCUCUUGUUCUUUGCUACCAUGUUGGAGCGUUUUCAUUUUUGAUUAUUUUUUCAGAUAAUUUUACCUUUUUGAUUUACUUCAAG